AUGCGUUCGCUCGACACCAACACGUUCAACGUCGACCACCUCAAGAAUGCUCCACCGCACCAAGCCCAGUACGACGGUCGCCCGCUGCCCAAAGCUACGCCCAUUGUCUUCGACGACAAGACCGGAGAAGAGCUCCACGUCAUCGAAGCGUUCCUCAAGAAGCGCACGUUCAACCGCAAGCCCGAGCUCCUCGUCAAGUGGCAGGGCCUGCCGGAACAUGAGGCCACGUGGGAACUGGUCAAGGACGUCAAGCACGUUGCGCACUUCCAGCGCUUGAUCAAGGAGCUUAACGAACGUCGUCGUCGCCGCAUGGAUGAUGUCGACGAGCUUUCCUCCCAGUAG